AUGUAUGGCUCUGGGACGGUGUAUGGCUCUGGGACGGUGUAUGGCUCUGGGACGGUGUAUGGCUCUGGGACGGUGUAUGGCUCUGGGACGGUGUAUGGCUCUGGGAUGGUGUAUGGCUCUGGGAUGGUGGUGCCCUCCUCUGAGCUGUCUGCACUGAUUGAGAAGCUGCAGAAGAACGCUGACAAGGUGGAGAAGCUCAUCCUUGAGACGGAGCAGAACCUCAACAAGGAUGUGAGUAAGAUCAACGAGGGCAAGCAGCCUCUGUACCAGGACGACACCAACAAGCGCAUCCUAAGCUCUCUGGAGCUGCUGCAAGGCCUGGAUGAGGACGCCGUUGACGCAAAACGCCUGCAGCACCCCCAGGCUGAGAUGAUAGAGCAGGAUAUGAAGCAGCUGAGAGUGAGACUCAGGAAGCUGAGAGAGGACCACGACCGCAUCUACCACCUGACCCGUUCUGAGGGCCUGCCGAGCGUCAACUGGGGCAGGAUCAUUGAGGAAAAACAGGGCAACCUGAGCAACAAGGGUUUUGGUCAGGACCUGCCCACCAUAGAGAACGAGGUGGAGGAACACAACAUCUUUCACAGUGAGGUGGAGGCCCUGGCCCCUCACAUCUCAGCCAGCGACGACAAGGACUCUGCCAGUGCCCUCCAGCUGAAGUACAACAAGCUCCUGGCCAGUUCCAGUGCUCGACAGCGCCACCUGUUGAGCCUGCGUGACUACAUGCAGCGCUGCACUAAUGAGCUGUACUGGAUGGACCAGCAGGCAGGGGAGAGGAUCAACUAUGACUGGAGCGAUACUAACCUGGACUACCCUGCACGUCACAGACAGUAUGAGAACUUCAUCAGUAAGUGUCUGGAGUCCAAGGAGGCCACUGUCACCAAGCUGAAUGAUGAUGGAGAUAAACUCAUCGCUGCCAACCAUCCUGGCAAGAAUGUUAUUGAGGCUCAUAUGGAGGCUGUGCAUGCAGACUGGAAGGAGUACCUGAACCUGCUCAUCUGUGAGGAGAACCACCUGAAACACAUGGACGAGUACCACAAGUUCCACAAAGAGGCCCGGGACACCCAGGACCUUCUGAAGAGGAUGGACAAAGAGGUGGACCAGAAGUACAAACCAGAGUUCAAGGACAUGUACCAGAUGGAGAGCCUCAUCAGAGACCUGGAUGACCAGGCGAAGGCCAUGGACCACUUUGAUGAGCGUGUGAAGGCUCUGGAGAAGCGCAGUCUACAGGUUCUCCCCCUCCAGUUCCGCAGGAACACCCCUCAGAAGCUGCUCCCCGUCGAGGCGCUGUGUGAGUUCGACACUGACGAGGGUCAGAUCCUGCGUGGAGAGAGGUACACCCUCCUGAGUAACAAGGGGCCCAAGUGGGAGGUGAAGGACGCGGCCGGGCGUAAAUUGACGGCUCCGGGGGCCUGCUUCAUGGUCCCCCCCACAGACCCAGAGUCUGUCGCCGUCUCCAACAGUCUGGCCGGCCAGCAGAAGGGUAUUAAGAUGAAGGUGUCUGGCAGUAAGACCACCCUGGUCAAACGCCUGGAGGAACUGAAGAAAGACGGCUCUGCUGGCUCUGGUAGGUACUGUUAUGUCAUGGUAUGUCAU